CCGCGGCGGUCUGUGCCGUUGAAGAGUGGCAAAGAAAUUCACAGUAAUCAAAGACGUACAGUCGCUAUACCAAGGAUAAACUGGGCUCGGAGAACCUCUACGGAAAGGCACAGCUUUCCUCCCGUAGCAAUGCGUUUGUGUCAUCUGAGUUAGUAGUGGAGGUCCUCAUGUAAGCCUCCCCCCUCCCUGUCCUGCAACGACCUCCACCGACCCGACACCAUCUCCUUCCUCCUCCUCCGCCUCCUCUUCCUCCCUCCAGCUGCCCCUGUGAUGCCUCCCUCGUGCUUUGGCUGUCUGUCACAGUACACCCAUCAUCAUCUGGUUGUGUUCCUCCUCACCUUCUUUAGCUAUGUGUUGCUGCACGCUUCCAGAAAGACCUUCAGCAAUGUGAAGGUCAGCAUCUCGGCCCAGUGGACGCCGUCCGCCCAGAACGACAGCGCUCCUGCGUUCUCUCCGGACGAGACAUGGGAGGACAAUCACCUGUUUGCUGAUGAAAAGCAGGCCACGCUGUUUUUGGGAGCUCUGGACACGAUCUUCCUCUUCUCAUACGCGGUGGGUCUGUAUCUGAGCGGCAUCAUCGGGGACAGAGUCAACCUGCGCUACGUGCUCUGCUUCGGCCUGUGCGGAUCCGCCAUAGUGGAGUUCCUUUUCGGCACCCUGACCGAAUGGCUCCACGUCUACAACGUCUACCUGUACUGCAGCCUGUGGGUGCUGAACGGCCUGCUGCAGUCGGCCGUCUGGCCCUGCGUGGUGGCCGUCAUGGGCAACUGGUUCGGCAAGACGGGGCGCGGCUUCGUGUUUGGACUGUGGAGUGCCUGCGCCUCGGUGGGGAACAUACUGGGUGCCUUUCUGGCCUCAAGCGUGCUCAAGUACGGAUAUGAGUACGCCUUCCUGGUUACUUCUGUGGUGCAGUUUGCUGGCGGGGUGGUGGUGUUCUUUGGCCUCCUGACCUCGCCAAAGGAAGUCGGUUUGCACUUGGAGUUAGAAACCGGGCUGAGCCCGGUGGAGACAGACACGGACAGCCACAGACCGCUGAUGAGUGACGAGGAGGAUGACGAACAGGAGGUGGAGACGUACAGCCAACGAUGCGGCGCGGAUCAGCCACCGGAGGAACCUGUGGACGAGCCUCCUCACGCCAUUGGCUUUUUCCAGGCGUUCUGCCUUCCUGGAGUCCUGCUCUACUCCUUGGCGUACGCGUGCCUGAAGCUGGUCAACUACUCCUUCUUCUUCUGGCUGCCUUUCUACCUGAGCAACAACUACGGGUGGAAGGAGGCCAAGGCCGACCGGCUGUCCGUGUGGUACGAUGUCGGCGGAAUCGUGGGGGGAACCCUUCAAGGUCUGAUCUCUGACUUCAUGGGGAAGAGAGCGCCUGUGUUGGUUUUCAGCCUCGUAAUGGCAAUGGGCUCCCUGGUGGGAUACAGCCACUCUCCUAAUGACAAGGUGAUCAACGCAGUGAUCCUGGCGAUCACUGGCUUCUUCAUCGGCGGCCCGUCCAACAUGAUCAGCUCGGCCAUUUCUGCAGAUCUGGGGAGACAGGACAUCCUGAGGGGCAGCCAGGAGGCCCUGGCAACCGUCACGGGGAUAGUGGAUGGAACCGGGAGUAUAGGAGCUGCUGUGGGACAGUACCUGGUGUCGCUGAUUGAGAGCAGACUGGGCUGGAUGAGUGUUUUCUACUUCUUCAUCGUCAUGACAGGGGGCAGCAUUGUCUUCAUCGCGCCGUUGCUCGUCAGAGAACUGCGAGACAUGUGGAGAGACCGGCAAGCUCUGCGCCACCAGCUCUAAGAGCCCGACCGUCGGCUCCGGUUCUGCUCAUUCGCUCGGCUCCAGGAUCUAUAAGGUUCGCCGUCAGCCAGAACAGAAACGUUAAAACGUUCUGUAAGGCUUCACUGAGCUCAACACAGGGAGGGUUUAGCUGAAGUGCUGGGGGCGUGUGGUGUACAUAUUUUAACGUUGUAAAUUAAUGUAAAUAAUUCUCUUUCUCCUCAAGCACUUCAGUUGAUAUGAGUCUUGAAUCAGGAAUGUAGACGUGAGGUUAAAAUGAAGACUGUGAAUAGUGAUUGUAGUUUUGUAAUCUUGCACUCAGAUUUGAGUUUUCUUCAUCGGUCUGACAUUAUUUCAGUGAACCACUUUAAUCUUCGUCUUUGUUUACAAUCGGGGGGGACUGGUCCUAUCGUUCACUUACGCCACCGAAUCCUUUUGUUUACGCUUUCUUUAUUCAGAAAUGUUUACACUUUUAGUUUCUGGUUCUUAAUUGGUGACAAAGUCGCACUCUUCAAAUGCGGCGCGGCAUUCUUUAAACUUACAGCGGCCCCCACAUUUAUCUGAGCCCUCGUAAAAUAAACGGAUCUUUUUGUUCUGUAGCAUAAACUUGCACCAUAAUCUUAGCUAAUCUUAAAAUCUUUUAUUGGGUUUCUACAAACCCAAUAAAAGUAUUAAAAGCAACAAGCUGUUCUUUGAAGAAUCACCCAGAUUAAAACAAUCCUCAUCCUGAUUUAUCACAGUUCUGGCUGUUUUCAGUAUUUUUUAUUAUUGGCAGUAUGGACAGGUGAAGGUGAUCCUGUCCAUACUGCCAAUAUUUUUGCUAUUUUAUGACAGAUCUUACUUUAUAUGACUGAUGAAGAACCUCUGUAUCAUCUCCUAGUUACAAAAAAAAAUUAGAAACUUCUCAAAUUUAAGUAUUUUUUUUAAUUAUUUUGACAAAAUAUGUGGUUACAUUUUAUUUAUUUCUUAUGGAUUUCAGUCCAAAGAUUGAAGAAAUAUUUUAAGACCCACUAAAGCUUUUUAAUUCUUGGUGGUUUGUCCACCAAAUAAAACUUGGUUUUAUUAUGAAAGCAAAUUAAUUAUUCUUUUUUUACAUUUACGAGUAAAAAUCAACAUUUUUGCAAGGAUAAAAGUCUGUCUCAUAAAAUGAGGCCAUUUGAGUCCUUUCUAAAUAUAAAAACUGUAGAAAAGCAGUCGGCUGCUUAAAAAUACAGGACAAGCUUGAAAUUGAAUUUCCUUGACUCAAAGUAAAAUUUUCCAUCAUUACUGCAGAGAAAAUGGUUAGCUGCAACAUUUUGUGUAACAGUUUAUCAGGGAUGUAAAUAAAUGUGAAGAGAGCUGUGUCUUUGCACAGACUUUACAUUUAUUUUUGGCUCAAUGUAAAAUCAAACCUUUAUAAAAUAUUCAGUUUUGACAGUUGCCAACUUCUUUUCAUGACUAGAAGUAGAUAUUGUUUUGUCAAAAUGAUUUUUUAUUUUUUUUUUUUGCAUUUAUUUUAAUGCUAUCUGAUAUCAGGUCAUAAUAUAUUCAACUAUAAAUCUGUUUAUGGGAGGAGCCAAACACAUGUAAUGGAUUGUAAAAAAUAAGUAGGUGUGAAAUUUUUCCUCUGUAUUUUUUAAUGGUUUCAUUUAUGUGCAUCUUUUAACUGUAACUUCUACUUCUGUGUGAAAUAAAUGCAAAGUCGCCAUCAAGCUACAAGCAGUUU